GGAGCAACGUAAGAAAUAAGGUGGUGGAUCGGGGGUUUCACUUGACAUGUACCGACGUCUGUGAUGUAAAGCAGUUGAAUCACAAGUUGGAGGAAGAUAUGUCUUAAUGUAUUUCAUACACGUCCAGUCAGGGUGGUUUGAGUGAAGCAUCGAAACGUCUGCUGCAAUACGUCUGCAUUGAAAGCUGAGGCCAGCAUUAGGGAGACGACUUCUCGUCCGCACGUUGUCCAGAUGAGGCAUGCUGGAAGUAUGCAGCCCAUGUACAGAAGAGAUGCUGGAGUCUGGCACCAAACAAGAAGUCUUCUCUACAAGAAUCUGCUCAUCAAAUGGAGGACCAAGCAACAGAGUCUGCAGGAAUUGAUCCUACCUCUGUUGCUGCUGGGUCUCCUGAUUCUCAUCAGCACCCUGAAUCCUCACGUUUAUUAUGGGGGCAUCAGCACUAUGGAGCUGGAGCAUGACAGCCACUUCUUCAAGGGCCUGGGCUACACACCAAUCACUAACAUCACCAACCACAUCAUGGAAGAGGUGGCGCAGGAGAUGCACAUGCCGGAUAGUCCUGAGAUGUUCGCCAGCGAGGAGGACCUGGAGAACGCCAGCCUGUACGAGCCGUCCGGCUAUAUUGGUGUUGUGUUCAUGGACAGCUCUGCCACAUCUUACAGACUACGCUUCCCAUACAACCAGCUGCCCCUACCCAGCGAUUACACUGAAUCUUUUGCCAACUGCUUUACCAGCUCGGUGAACUGCAGAGCAGCUAAUUACUGGUACUCUGGCUUCAUCCGCCUGCAGUCUCUGAUCGAUGCAGCCAUCAUCCAGAUGCAGACGAAGCGUUCGGUGCGGAGCGAGAUGGACCUGAAGGUCGUAAUGAUGGGUCAGCCGGGCUCCGUGGAGGUGCAGAAAUUCCCCCACGCCCUCAUCUCCAUCUACCUGGUCCUCGCCUUCACGCCCUUCGUCACCUUCCUCAUUGUCAAUGUGGCAGCUGAGAAGGAGCAUCGCCUCAAAGACACCAUGACCAUGAUGGGGCUGUACGACACGUCUUUUUGGUUGUCAUGGGGCCUCCUGUAUGCUGCUCUGGUGACCACCAUGUCCAUUCUGAUGUCCAUCAUUGCCACGUAUACGGCCCUGUUCCCUAACAGUGACUUCUUUGUCAUCUUCUUCCUCAUCUUCUUGUAUGGGAUAUCGUCAAUCUUUUUCUCCUUCAUGCUAACGCCGUUAUUUAAGAAGCCCAAGUUUGCCAGCACAGUCGGCUCCUUGCUGACGGUGGUGUUCGGCUGCCUGUCGCUGUUCACCGUGCUGAUGAAGGACUUCCCGCAGCCGCUGGUCUGGCUUCUCUGCCUGCUCUCCCCCAGUGCUUUCUCCAUUGGGAUUGCACAGGUGGUUUACUUGGAGGCCCAGGGGGAUGGUGCUGUGUUUUCCUCUCUUGCCAACGGCCCCCAUCCUCUUUACGUGCCCAUGCUCAUGCUGGUUCUGGACUGCAUCCUCUACCUUCUGUUGGCUAUCUACCUGGACCAGGUACUGCCUGGUGAGUUUGGAAUGAGGAGGUCCUUGGUGUACUUCCUGAAGCCAUCCUAUUGGUCCAAACGCAGAAAGCGCUAUGUUGAAGUGAGCUCGGUUUACGACACAGAGGUGAAGGUCACGCCUGGCGGAGAUGAGUCUGUCGAACCGGUUUCACCGGAAUUCAGAGGGAAAGAGGCCAUCCGCAUCAAUAACAUCCACAAAGUGUACAGAGAGAAGGACAACGUGGUGGAGGCUUUGAGAGGUUUAACUUUUGACAUCUAUGAGGGCCAGAUCACGGCUCUGCUGGGACACAGCGGGGCUGGAAAGUCCACUCUGAUGAACAUCCUUUGUGGCAUCUGCCCGCCCACGAAUGGCUCGGCAACCAUCUACGGCUCCCCGGUAGCGGAGAUCGCAGAUCGGUCAGAAAUGAAGCAGCUGGUGGGAAUUUGCCCCCAGUUCAACAUCAUCUUUGAUGUGCUCACUGUGGAAGAGCACCUGAGGAUAUUUGCAGCCAUCAAAGGGAUCCCACCAGCAGACAUCGAUGCUGAGGUUACCAAAGUGCUGAAGGAUCUGGACUUGGAGAAGAUCAUGACUGCUCAGGCCAAGAAUCUAAGUGGAGGCCAAAAGAGAAAACUCUCUGUGGGCAUAGCCAUUCUCGGAGAUCCGAAGAUCCUGCUCUUGGACGAGCCCACGGCGGGCAUGGACCCCUGUUCCAGACACCAGGUCUGGUCACUGUUGAAGAGCCGCAGAGCCGGCCGAGUCAUCGUCCUCAGCACACACUACAUGGACGAGGCGGACAUUCUCGCUGAUCGCAAAGCUGUGAUCUCUCAAGGACAGCUGAGGUGUGUUGGCUCUUCCCUGUAUCUCAAGAUCAAGUGUGGUGUUGGAUAUCAUCUCAGAAUGUCUAUCAACGAGGGAUGUGAUGCUGAAAAGAUCACGUCGCUGGUCAAGCAGCACGUCCCCAAGGCGAAGCUGUCUCGACAGCAUGAGGUGGAGUUGACAUUCACUCUGCCUUUUGAGAGCAUGGACACAUUCCCAGGCUUGUUCUCUGAGCUGGACAGUCAGCCCAAUCUGGGAAUUAUCAACUAUGGGGUUUCCAUGACAACACUGGAAGAUGUUUUUCUUCGUUUGGAGGCAGAGGCUGAAGUGGACCAAACUGACUACAGCGUGUUUAAUCGGGAGCAGGCGGAGGACGAAUGUGACAACGCCUCUCUGGACGAUACGGACCAGCGGCUGCUGACGUUCUCAGACAGCAAGUCCGAUGUCGUGUCGGGUCACGCUCUGUGGCGGCAGCAGUUCAGCGCCGUGGCCUGGCUGCACAUGCUCAACAUGCGCAGGGAGAGGAAGGCCUUUGUUUACACUCUGGCCUUGUUCCUGGUGUUUGUUGCUGCAGUGCUUGUCCUGUCUCUGGCCACAGGAAACAUUCAGAUUCACUCCCCAGACCGUCAGUUUCUGCCCAUUUACCUCCUGAAAAGGAACCAGGCGCCCCGGAGAUACGCCACCAGCCUCUUGGUUCAGAACUCCUCAGGCUCUGAUAUUUCUGACUUCAUCCACAACCUGGAGUCUCAGGACAUCAAAGUGGAAAUGAUGAAACACAGCGAUUACAUGGCCGCGGCUCCUCACAGCGCCGCCAUCAACGUAACAGGAUCCAGCAAGGGAUUCAAAUACAGCGUUGCGUUCAACAGCACCACAGUUCACUCCUUACCCAUGGCUGUCAACAUCCUCAGCAACGCACUUCUAAGAGGUCUGAAUAGUACUGCACAGAUCCGAACCUGGACCAAACCGUUCGACUAUCAAAUCCCAGAUGCUACAUCCUACACUCUGGUGUACAUGGAGGCCAUCAUCCUGGGGAUGCUGGCAGCUGGGAUGCCUGCGUAUUUUGCAAUGGAUCACACUCGAGACAGAGAGAUCAAGUGUCGCUCCACUCUGCGCAUCUCUGGUCUGGUGCCAUCAGCCUACUGGUGUGGCCAAGCCGCUGUGGACAUCCCCUUCUACUACCUCAUCCUCUCCUGCAUGACUAUCAUCCUCUUCUCCUUCCACACUGGAAACCUGCUCACCUCCAGCAACCUCACCGCUGUGGUCCUGUGUACUGUUGGCUUCGGUCCAGCCAUGAUUCUCUUCACUUACGUGUUUUCUUUUGGCUUCACCCGAGUCCAGAGCAACAGGGAUUUCUUCUCGGUCAUCUCCAUGAUGGUGUGCGUGGUCUCAGCCUCGCUGGUUCAGUUGUUCAUGAACGACAGCCCUGGACUGAGCAGAAACCUGCACAACAUCUUGUGUUUCUUCAACCCUCUGUACCCUCUGAUGGGCUGCCUCAACUGCAUCACCAAGGCGACCUUCCUCCCCUCCCCGUACGAAGAGAACUUCCUGUGGAAGAACCUGCUCAUUGCCGUUGUGGCUCCCUAUCUCCAGUGCAUCCUGCUGCUUUUCCUGCUUCGCUGGCUGGAGAUCCAUUACGGAGGGAAGACGAUGAAAAACGAUGAGUUCUGCAGGAUCUCAUCCAAGUCAAAGCCCAAAGUGGAGCGGAACCCAGAAGAGGGGCUGAACGAGGAUGAGGAUGUUCAGAUAGAGAAGGCCAGAGUGAAGGAGGCCCUCACCUGCCAGUCCUGUGAAGAAAAACCGGUGAUAGUCGUGAGUAAUCUGAGGAAGCAGCACAAAGGCAGACGAGAAGGUUUUUCUCUGAACAAGACGAGGAAAGUGGCCACAAAGAACAUCUCUUUCUGCGUUCGCAAAGGUGAAGUUCUUGGACUGUUGGGCCCCAACGGAGCCGGAAAGAGCACCAUCAUGCAUAUGUUGUCAGGCGACACUGACCCCACUGCAGGCCAGGUGCUGAUGGGCGACUACAGCACAGAGUUUCAUCAGGUGGAUAAUCCUUUGGAGCACGUGGGCUACUGUCCACAGGUGAACCCUCUGUGGCCCAGGAUCACUCUGCAAGAGCACCUGGAGAUCUACGCUGCCAUCAAAGGCCUGAGAGGACAGGACGUCCCAGGUAUCAUCAAACGUGUGGUGAACGCUCUGGAGCUGAAGGACCACUUGAACAAACAAGCCAAGACCCUGUCGGCAGGUCUGAAGAGGAAGUUGUGCUUUGCCUUGAGCAUGAUUGGGAAUCCUCAGAUCGUUUUACUGGACGAGCCGUCAUCAGGGAUGGACCCCAAGUCUAAACAGCGCAUGUGGAGGGCCAUACGUGCUGCUUUCAAGAACCGCCAGCGGGGAGCCGUCCUCACCACGCACUACAUGGAGGAGGCGGAGGCCGUGUGCGACCGCGUAGCCAUCAUGGUGUCCGGCCAGCUCAGGUGCAUCGGCUCCAUCCAGCAUUUAAAAGGGAAAUACGGUCGAGGCUACAGCUUGGAGGUGAAACUCAGAGAGGAGCUGACGGGGCUCCAGCAGGUGGCGCUCCUGCACAAAGAGAUCCUGCGAAUCUUCCCUCACGCUGCCCGGCAGGAGAGCUUUGCUACUCUGAUGGUCUACAAGAUCCCCAUGGAGGAUGUCAACUCGCUGGCCAAGUCUUUCUCUCAGUUAGAGAGCGCCAAGCAAACCUUCAACUUUGAAGAGUACAACUUCUCCCAGUCGACCUUGGAGCAGGUGUUCAUGGAGUUUGCCAAGGAGCAGGAGAAUGAGGAGGACGAGGUCGGCUCCCUCAGCACCACUUUCCAGUGGCAGCGUCUGCGCCAGGACGGCCCGGUUUCGGUCAACCACACGGACAGCAUCGUGCACCAGCUUUGAACUCCAGCUGAGGGGGGGGGCAGGCCGGCGGCCGACCAGGACCGACCAAUCCCGAGCUGCCAGGCGUCAGCGCCUGAGGGUUCGCACCAGCACCUGCCCGCCGCACACAAAACCGACGUUCACCGCCCGUACACGAACAGGACAGUCGUGGCCGGGGGCUCGCGCACACUGGGACCGCCUGUGUGUGUGUUCAGGCUCUGGGGGGUCUGAGGUGUGCAUGUGUGUAACCCUCGUCCACUGGUGCUCCGUGUUUUCUGAAUCGCACUGACCGAACGGCCUGCAGGGUCUCGACACGCUGAUGCUCCUCUUUCUAACGGUGUUUUUUAUCUCACAGGGAGUCAGUAAAAGGAAAUAUAUAUAUAUAUAUAUAAUAUAUAUAAUAUUUAUGCUUUGUAAUCCUCUCCGUCCGCUCUCCUUUGAGGGAGGCGUUACAGUGAGUGUGUUUGCUCGUCUCUUCAGAUGUUUUUGUCUGUUGUGUUUGUGAAGCCGUUUUUUUAAGCACUACCAGAACUGGAGUCCAUCCACGAUCGAACCAAAGCAGCACAUCUCUGAACCGCACACCACCACACCUCCUCACGCGUCCAAACUGAGAGGUGCUCUCCGUCUUUUAGUGUCAGUAGCAUGAGGACAAAUAGUUUGCGUGAUAGUUCUAGAAGUGAUGUGGGGCAGUGGGAUGAGGUCCUGCCUUUAAGGCCCAUUUGCUAAAACACUGGAGGAGCGAUGCUGCAGUUCUCCGCAGAGGCCCAGACUUAACAAACAGCAAGUGUUUUUAUCUCUGAGGGUGAAGACACGACUCUCUUCUCCUCAUUUUACACCAGCAUGCACGUCUCGACAUUUAAAUCUCUACAUUCUCCAGGACUGAGUGUUUCAGCAUGCACGCUCGUUGGGAGGUUGACCGUUUCGAAAUGUGGCAGACGGAUGUCAGAACGAGGCUUUUGGGUGGACGAUCGUUGUCUUGCGGCCUUCCUCUCUGCAGGUUUAGCUUGGGAAUGUAGUGUAAAAUAUGCACACCAGUACAUGUAGCACACUGCCCUCGUCAGACGUUAGCCAGAGCCGAUGACCUCGGAGGCGGGACGUGGAGCGCGAGGUUGCGUUCGGGUCCAGGUGGGGCUUGUUGAAGCGGCCUUGUCUCGGCCGGGCGUCGGGAGGAUCUUUGCUAACAGAUUUUGAAUGUACGUUUGGCCUCUGGUGAGAGGAGGGGUUGUAACUCAGCGGCGACGGCUCCGUGGAGCUCCUGCCGUCACUCUGUUUCACUUUGGUGCCACUUUUAAUCACACAGCUGUGUUUCGUUAACUCUAUCUAGCCUGUUCGGUGUGUGUGUGUGUGAGUGUUUAUUGUGUUGUAUAUACUGUGUGUAGCUGCGGCUUUGUCUGCAUUAUCUAGUAUUUGUACAAGCAGGUGCGUUGUUGGUGCCACACCUAUCAGCAAGCCGAUAAAUUGUAAUUUCUUCUUGACAUUCAGGUGCGAGUGAGAGAAUUAAAGGUUAAAGGGAAUUUAAAGGGACACUUUGUUGAACAGAAUUGAGGAAUAUGUGUGUGUAUGUGUUGAUUUUUAUGUUGUUAAUGAUCAUAAACAGACCUGUUUGUAAGUGCUGACUUAGCAGCUUCCUUCGCUUGGCAGUUUUUAGCUGCUGGCUUGUUUAAGUACAAGGGGGUGGACUAAAUAGCAGGAACAGCAGCAACAACACAAACUCUGGCCUCAAAACUUCACGUUACAGGCUUCAUGGAGGAAGGGCUUGUUGCAGGGUGAUUGUAGUGGAUUUAAUCACGGUCAGGUGUGUUUGUUUUGUCCACCUCUGGAAGACAGAUGUCAUCUCAUGAGUUUUUUUGUGGAGCAGAAGAUGAGCGUUUCAUUUAAACCAAGCGUCUUGGAUACGUUACUUUAACACGUGCAAGCGGUAGCUCCAACUUAUAGACUUAAUUUGCAGUUUUUACCUACAAUAUCAUCAUUAACUGAAGCUGCGUAAGAGCUGAUUUGCCAAGUAUUAAUCAUUUUUUUAAUAUUUGUGAGGUGGAUCGAGAAAUGAGCGUGAAGUCAAUUUGAUUUUCCAGACUUUCUCUACAGACAUUAGACCACAUGACACUACACUAAAGGGUCAAACACACUUGAGAAAGUGGGGGGGAGUAAUGCCUUCGGUUCUGUCGAUACACAGUCCUUUUAAAUGUGAAAACUAUUUAAACCCUGUCAACAUGUUUUUUGCACUCAUGUAGCCUUGUUCCUUCAGCAUGAAGCUUAACGUGUGGCGAGGAUUGAUGGGUUCUGGGGGUGUCAUAUACACACUGUAUGUUUUGUAUUUGUUUUCCCAAGUGCAAUGUCGGGUAUUUGUCCCCAAAAGCCAACGUUCUUUGAGCUUUGUCGUUCUGAAGCAUUCAUCCGUCUUCAGUGGGUUUAACUGUCAGUAACAUGUAGCCGCCCAAAUAAUGUCGUCCUUUUUCCACUCGUCCCACCCCGGCUUCCACACAUCCACUCAGAAGCAUUUUACAUGAAGAAAACCAAACUGUUCUUUGGCUCUGUGGAAAGUUAAAGAGCGUUCAAGCGUUUGGCAUUGAAAGCGGUGCAGGUUUCAUUUGAUUUUCCUGGUGGUGGUGAAAUUGCACUAUUUCUGGGAAAUUUUAUAACCUUUCUUUAUAUUAUGCAAUCUUUGUAAGAUUAUCUGUGCACUGAUUUUAUUUUUUAAAGACUGUGGUUUAGCUGUGUGCUGUAUUUUCUCCUGUAUCGCCCGCAUGUCUGGAUGGACACUUGUCAUUAAUGAGCUCUCCGGUCUCUCCACGACCUUUUCAUGAAUAAAUGUUAAUCCAAAUCAUUGCUUUGUCCAUUUUUUGAUGGACAGACCAGGAAGCCAGAAGCUGAUGUGACUAUUCUGACUGUUAAAGGUGAGUUUG